CACAGUUUCACAGUAUAUAUAUGAGCAUCAUCUUGGCCUUAUUUCAUAUCCCUUGUAUUUGAUUUUAAAAGAUGGCAUUGCAAAAACAAUUAUUCCUAUUCGCGUCUGCUCUAUUACUUGUUUCAAACCUGCAAAAUUAUGGUGUAGCACAGGAAGUGCCUUGCUAUUUCAUUUUCGGAGACUCAUUUGCAGUUAAUGGCAACGAUAAAAAUCUUAACACUUUGAAAGCCGAUUACUUGCCGUACGGUGUUGAUUUUCCCGGAGGCCCUAGUGGAAGGUUCAGUGAUGGCAGAACCAUGGUUGAUAUUAUUGCUCAUAACAUUGGGUUUAAAGAAGAUAUUCCUUCUUUCCUAACUGUUGCUAAUAACUCUGAAGAAAUUCUCAAAGGUGCGAAUUAUGCAUCUGGUGCAGCAAUUCUACAAGCAGAAAUUUCAGGAACAAAGGUAACUGUUGUUAGCUUGACCAAGCAAGAAGAAGAGCACCAGAAAACAGUCAAACUCAUAACGGAGAAAUUAGGUGAUAAAAAUAAGGCUGAAGAACACUUGAAGAGUUGCUUGUAUACUGUUGGUGUUGGCAGCAAUGAUUAUUUGAUAGACUAUUACGUUGCUGGCAAUAAUGGCUCCGAGCCGAAGGGAAAGAAGCCAUCUGAGGCAUUUGCAGAGAACCUGGUCGAUGGAUACCUGUUCGAUCACUUGAAUGCUUUGUACAAAGCCAGUGCAAGAAAAGUUGCAGUGUUUGGAUUAGGGCCAUUGGGGUGUUGCCCAUCUGAAGUGGCAAAGUAUCCAAUAAAUCAAAAGUGCAUAUCAGUUAUCGACACAGAUAUGACCAUUUUCAACAGCAGAAUUCCUACAAUUAUUGAAAGGCUGAACAAAGAGUUUCAGGAUGCACAAUUCACCUAUAUUGACAUGUUUAAAUUAACAGAAAGUGCUUUCGCAGGUUUUAAGGUGGUUGACAAGCCAUGCUGUGAAGUGAACGACAAGGGAAUGUGUGUUCCUAACAAAAAAAACUGCGAGAAUCCUAAGGACCACUUUUUCUGGGAUGGGUACCGUCCAACCGAGAAUGCAAAUCUUGUUCUAGCAAAUCUAGCAUAUAAUGCUUCUGUUCCAGCUCAAGCUAAGCCUUUUAACAUUGAACAAUUGGUUUCAAAGACCGCAAAGAAGAAUGAAGCUCCUGCUGCUAAAGCUCCUGCUGCUGAAACUCCUUCUGCUGAAACUCCAAAAUAAAGUAGAUAAAAUUUGUCAUUCCCAGACAUUUUUCUCUAAUUUUUGUUUUCUGUUAAUGAAUGAAAUGGUAGACCUAUACAAUUAAUUUAGAAUUUGUAAUUUUUCUCCCAUGAAAUUCAAAAUUUUUGUUUCUUAUUUUA